AUGAACGUCAAGGCAUACCUGCUGACGACGAGGCAGGAAGUCACAUGCCUUGGGGUCCAGCUGGAUUGGAAUAGGAGGUUCGGAGUUUACUUGGAAAAGGUGUGCGGGAAAGCCGACGCCCUUAUAGGAGCAUUUAGACCUUUGCUCCCCAAUGUCAACAUGCUUACCGGCUCUGUGAGAAAACUCCAUUAUGGGGUCCGGGAGUCGGUGGCGUUACAUGCGGCGCCUGCAUUGGCCGAGGUAGUAGAAAUUAAGAAGAACAGCAAUAUCUUGAAAACGGCCCAAAGGGUCGCAUUAACAAGAGUUUCGACGGCCUACCGUACCGUGUCCCAUGCAGCACCGUGCGUGCUUAUUGGCAUUAUGCCUAUUUAUUUCACAAUUGAGCUUUUGACAGAAAAAUACCGCAUUAAGAAGGAAGAUCAUCAGGAGUAG